CGAUGAGGCCCAAUAUGUAAUUGUUACGGGCUGAGUUGUUGAAUUUUUGACUAAAACCAAAGUAAGGAGGAUUACACAAGAAAAUCCCGCUAACAGUCAACACUGGCAAAACAAAAUUCCACACGCAUGCCGAACUGCCAUUUUUGCCAUUCAUGGCUAAUUGGGAUGUACAGAAAAUGAAUUCCUGGCACAUUGCGAGACAAAUCUAGAAAUAGUUUCUGGGUUGGAUCUCCACUGAAUUGAUUGAAAAUCUCACCAAUCAGAAAGUCCCAUCUCACCAAAUCCACGUCUCACACCCACUGAUUUGACUCACUGGACUCUUGGACUGUGAGACUCCCACUCCCCCUGGUCUCUCUGUUCUACUAUACUCUGUAGCUAAGCAGAAAAAGAGAUGGGUAAAGGCGGUGGCUGUGUUCCCAGCAAGCAAAAAAACCGCAAGUCCUCCGCCGCUACCGACCAGGACAGCCGCCCACUGCCACCGGUGGAGCCAACCACCAACACCGACGCUGGCGAUGGAGUUGCUGAGAAAGAAUUUGUUCCCCCAAUGGAGAGAAAAAUUAAACUCUUCAUCGUGUAUUACUCAAUGUACGGCCACGUGGAGAGCCUGGCGAUGCGGAUGAAGAAAGGGGCUGAGAGCGUGGAAGGUGUGGAGGUGUGUUUGUACAGAGUCCCGGAGACCCUCUCCGACGAGGUUUUGGCCCAAAUGCGGGCGCCGCCGAAGGAUGAUGCUAUCCCCGAGAUUGAUUCGGCGGCUCUGCUGACGGAGGCCGAUGGGAUUCUCUUUGGGUUUCCGACGCGAUACGGAUGCAUGGCGGCGCAAAUGAAGGCCUUCUUUGAUUCCACUGGGAAUCUGUGGAGAGAGCAGAAGCUUGCUGGAAAGCCUGCUGGGUUUUUCGUUAGUACUGGGACCCAAGGAGGUGGUCAGGAGACUACUGCUGUAGAGCUGUGGAAACUUAACAAAGCUCCGUAUAAUAUUUGUUGCAGCUGGACAGCAAUCACACAGUUGGCUCAUCAUGGGAUGCUCUUUGUUCCAAUUGGAUGCACUUUUGGAGCUGGUAUGUUCAAGAUGGAUUCCAUCCGAGGUGGUACUCCUUACGGAGCAGGAGUCUUCGCGGGGGAUGGCACUAGGCAAGCAAGUGAAACAGAAUUGGCUCUUGCAGAGCAUCAGGGCAAGUAUAUGGCUGUAGUUGUGAAGAAACUUGCACAAGAUUAAUAAGCUGGCGUUUGAUUUGCAGUCUAUUCAUAUAAUCUUUUGUUCAUUCGGGCUUCAGUCUUUCUGGGAAUUGAUUGGUGGAUGCUUCUCAUAGUUUGAUUUUUCCUAUGUUGGUAAUCAUUUGUCAUAGUUUCAGGAGUCAAAGAGUCAUCCUUACAUUGAAAUUUUGUACAUGAUUUGAUUCUUCCGUUCUGAGUCUUUUGACUUAAGAGAGUUCAAGUAAAUAAAUCACAGUUUUCCUUCUUGA